GUCAAAGACGUAUGUAUUUGUCAGACGUGAUUCUAUUCCACAAUACAACUCUCAGUUCUCUUUCACCAAACAACAAAAAUAUAUCAAUUAAUAAAACAGCAAUGUCUUCCCCACUUGAAAAUCUCGAAACUCAACUAGAAAUGUUUAUUGAAAAUGUUCGACAAAUUCGUAUAAUCGUGAGCGAUUUUCAACCACAGGGUCAGAGUGUACUCAAUCAAAAAAUUCAAUCAUUAGUCACUGGCCUGCAAGAAGUGGACAAACUGAAGGCUCAAGUUCAUGAUAUCCAUGUACCCACUGAAGUAUUUGACUACAUUGAUCAGGGCCGUAACCCUCAACUGUACACAAAAGAUUGUAUAGAUAAAGCUUUGGCUAAGAACGAAGAAGUUAAGGGCAAGAUUGACUCAUACAAGAGAUUCAAAAGCCAUCUACUCUCCGAGUUGUCUAAAACCUUCCCUAAUGAAAUUGCUAAGUAUAAAGCUAUAAGGGGAGGGGAAUAAAUUAGACUUUAAUAUCUUAUUAUCAUAUUUGUUAGUAUAUAUUAGAAUAUAAGGUGUUAGUGAAAAAUGUGUAAUUACUUCAAUAGUUUUUGUGUUAUCAAUGAGUAGCCAUAGCAGUACAAAAUUGUGUCAAA